AUGUCGUCCGAGAAGCAAGAGCAAGCCCAGAAGAAGUUCUUCAUCGUUACCGUCGGAGGUGGAAAGUGUCUAACCAACACACCCAACGGAGUCCUCGAUUGCUUGCCAAGUCCCUCCGACAAACAAUACUGGACUAUUGAGGCCUCAGAGGACGAUGCCAAUGUCGUAGCUUUCAAGAGCUGCUCAAGUGGACAGUACCUCCGCAACGAAAUCCCACAGGUGCUUUCCGGAGCCAAGAUCGGUCUUGGUGAGAAGCAAUGGUGGACGCUAGAGCGUGGAAACAUACCCGGCAGCUGUGCGAUCCGAAGUAAUGUCUGUUCGGUUGGGAAGUCGUACCUCAACGACUACGAGGGCGUGUAUAGGGAUAACAACCUCGUCCAUAUGUGGCAAUGGGUUGUGAGUAUCGCUGCUGAAUCCAUUCCACACUUGGAGUUCUGGUUGACUUGGUACCUGAUUGACUCUGAGAAUGCUGCUAACUUUAACCCCAUUGGAGAGGCGGCGGGUAAGAGCGCGGCCGACACAGCAGCUAGUGAGAAGAAAGCUAGUGAAGUUGAGCAGAAAGCCAAGGAACUCGAGGCGAGAGAGGCGGCUCUUCAGAAGAAGACAGAUGAGCUUGAGAAGAAAGCAAAGGCUGCAGAAGACCAAGCAGCUGAUGUGAAGAGGAGGGAAGAAGAAGUUGCACAACGAGAGGCCGCAGCGUCCAAGAGCAGCAAGGAGCCACAAGCCACUAAGAAGGAAGAUAGUCCGGCACCCAAGUCUUCGCCUAAGCAGGACAAUAACGAAGACAAACACACCAUCGCCAUGCUCCGCGGCGAGAUCGAGCGCCUAGAAGUUCGGAACGAAAACGGUGAUCUGAAGCUACAACUUCGCAAUAAAGACCUCGAGGUUCAGCUGGAGAAGGCUCAGCAUGCGGCUUUCACAGGCAGUCGUGCGCCGAGGCCGAGUAAGGCGAUCAUGUAUGGUUGUGGACAUAAAGCGUACCCGCCGCUGAGGAAGAUCGAGAGGAGGAUUGUGGGGAUCAUGUAUGAAGGGCUGGAGUACCAAAGUCUUGACCAGUGA